AUGCCUGCAGCUACAGAGCCCCAGAUCCCCCUCGUUCAGUACCUAUGGACACGAAUUCGGCAAUUGGGCGUGGGGAGUGUCAUGGGUGUUCCAGGUGACAUGAACCUAGAGCUACUCGAUUACAUCGACCAAGUUGAUGGCCUGUCCUGGGUGGGAAAUGCCAAUGAGUUAAACGCUGCAUAUGCCGCUGAUGGCUAUGCAAGAGUUAAAGGUUGCCCCGGCGUUGUCGUGACGACAAUGGGAGUCGGAGAGCUUAGUGCCCUCAAUGGUGUUGCCGGUGCAUAUACCGAGCAGGUCAAGCUUAUUCAUAUCGUCGGCACGACUGCAACCCAUGUCCAGGCCAAGCGCCUCAUGAUCCACCACAGCCUUGGACCAAACCCAGACCACAAGGUCUUUGAGAAGAUCUCAGCUCAUGUACGAUAUGCUCAUGCAUGGCUAGAAGAUGGGGCAACAGCGGGUGCCGAGAUCGAUAGAGUCAUUAGAGAGUGCCUGCUGCGUUCACUCCCGGUCUACCUGUUUGUUCCUAUGGACUUUGUUCAUGUACCCAUCGAUGCCUCACCCCUUCGAUCCCACAUUGAGCUCAAUCCUCCCGUUGACAUCGCCAACGAAACAGAGGCGCUAUCCGUCUUCCUCAAAGCCUUGCAGAUAGCAAAGAACCCCAUCUUGUUGGUCGAUUGCCUCACAGAUCGUCAUGGAUCUGUACAAGAAGCUAGAAAACUAGCCGACCUGCUCGACUUUCCUAUUUUCUCGACGUCCAUGGGAAAGACCAUCAUUGACGAGACUCAUCCGAGAUAUUGUGGAGUAUACAAUGGUGAAGUCUCUUACCCCGGUGUCAAAGCCGCUGUGGAGAGAAGUGACUGCAUUUUGAACCUCGGACCUCUUCUCGCCGAUAGCAACACUGGGGGACACACAAGAGAGAUUCGGCCUGAACAGGUGAUUCUUGUGGAGCCUGAUAGUUGUACAGUCUUUGGCACAACAUACAACCAAGUGUACAUGAAGCCAUUUCUGAAAAAGUUAUUGAAAGCGUUGGAAACUGUCAAGCUCCCAUCUCCAACACCGCCGGUGCUCCCGAGUCAACCAAUACCAGAAGACGCCGAUUCCAAAAACAUUGUUCAGUCAUGGAUUUGGAAGCGACUGGGGGAGCUUACUCGACCUGGAGACAUUCUGAUCGCAGAGUCAGGCACAGCCCAGUUCGGAUUCCCCGAUGCCACGUUUCCUGCUGGUGUCAAGUAUGUGACACAGGUAUAUUACGGCAGCAUUGGGUAUUCGGUUGGGUCCUGUCUGGGUGUUGCGAUUGCUCAGAGAGAGUUACAAGCUGAGACCGGCGUGAAUGAUGGACGAACCAUUCUUGUCGUUGGAGACGGUAGCUUACAGUUGACUGUGCAAGAGGUUGGCACAAUGAUUCGCCUGGGGCUGAACCCUCUACUCAUCGUCAUCAAUAACAAGGGCUACACGAUCGAACGUGUCAUUCACGGCCCCCAGGCUGGUUACAACGACAUCGCAUCUUGGCGCCACCAAUCUCUGCUGACUUUCUUUGGUGCCGCCAACGCUGAGGAGUCGAGCAGAGAGGUCCGCACAAAGGAUGAGUUAGACAAGGUAUUCUCACUGCCAGAGUAUCAAUCUCCCAAGAACAUUCAACUCCUUGAGGUGCAUAUGGAUGUUAUGGAUAUUCCAUGGCGGCUACGGAACCAAAUUACCAUUGUCAACGCGCGAGCAAAGGCGAGAAAGGCUAGUCUGGAGGCAAGCACCAAUGGUGUUAAUGGAGCAUAG